AUGACAGCCUAUCAUCUCCUUGUCUUCGCAGGAAAUGCUCUGAACCUGACCUGCCGGGCGUUUUUCGGCUACAGCGGGGACGUCAGCACGCUCAUCUACUGGAUGAAGGGAGAGAAGUUUAUAGAAGACUUGGACGAAGAGAGGAUCCAGGAAAGCGACAGCAAGGUUGUCAAGGAGCAUCUUGGUGAGCAGGAAGUGUCCAUAUCCUUGACUAUUGACUCAUUGGAGGAGGAGGACCUGGGAAAUUAUUCCUGUUUUGUGGAGAAUGGUAACGGCCGUCGCCAAGCUACCAUACAGCUCUUCAGACGAGGUCUCACCCAUGAGCAUUACCAGGAUGAAACACGACUCUUUGGAGCCUACAUAGAGGACGUGGCUCGCUGCGUGGACCAAAGCAAGCGCCUCAUUAUCGUCAUGACGCCCAACUACGUGGUGCGGCGAGGCUGGAGCAUCUUUGAGCUGGAGACGCGGCUGCGCAACAUGCUGGCGACCGGAGAGAUAAAAGUCAUCCUGAUCGAGUGCGCCGAGCUGCGCGGCAUCAUGAACUACCAGGAGGUGGAGGCCCUCAAACACACCAUCAAAACCCUCACCGUCAUCAAGUGGCGCGGCCCCAAGAGCAACAAGCUCAACUCCAAGUUCUGGAAGCAGCUGCAGUACGAGAUGCCGUUCAGGCGCACAGAGCCCAUGCUCAGCCACGAGCCGGCGCUGGACGUCAGCGAGCAGGGCCCCUUCGGAGAGCUGCAGACCGUCUCUGCUAUCUCCAUGGCGGCGGCCACCUCCACGGCCAUGGCGACCGCCCACCCCGAGCUGCGAUCCACUUUCCACAACACCUACCACACCACGAUGAGGCAGAAACACUACUACCGCAGCUACGAGUAUGACUUACCCCCAGGAGGGACCCUGCCACCUCUCUCCUCCCUGGGGAACCAGCACACCUACUGCAACAUCCCACUGACACUGCUGAACGGACAGAGGCCCCCGGGGAAGAGCCGGGAGCACAGCCUGGAGGAGGCGCACGCCAACAACGCCAUGCUGCCCCUGCUGCCGAGAGAAACCAGCAUCUCCAGCGUCAUCUGGUAGUGAUGAACGGGCGUCUGAUGCAGGAGGAGCCAGGCGAGGAGAGGCUCGGUCUGGGAGGAACUCAGUUUAUGGUCGUGAUAACGGUGCAAGGUCUUUUGGAUCCAUCUGGUUCCGAGCGUUGGCAGCAAGCGAUGGAGCUACAUGACGUUUUUGAACAGUUUCCCCUUGUUCUUUUGCAAGUGGACAGCGCCUCUGUUGCAAAGGAUGUUUUCUAUGUGGAACUACAGGAGGUAUAAUGAAAACACUGUUUCAUCUAGGAGCAAGAUACGGACUUGCAAGAACUUCACAUUAAAGAACUUACACUCUAUGGCAAUUGUGCACACACUCGCAUUCACACACACACACACACACCCACACACACACAAAUGUGCAUACACACAAACAAAAGGAAAACAGGGUCUUGUACAUAUAUUUCGAUUUAUUUGUAGCAUCAGUGUUUUCCUGUUUUUGUUUAAUUCAUUCAUGUUUGUUGCCUUCUCUACAGUAGGACUUUGCUUUAACUUGUUAUACAGAUUUGUAUAUUUGUUAUUGUUUUCCUCUUUUUAGUUUGUUUUUUUAAUCUUAUCUCAACACGCUUGUUUGGAAAGCCAGUAUGUCAUGUACCUGCGCUGUUCUGUUUUGUUUGUUUUUCAAUCUUUGUGUAGGUUAAGAGAACAUUUUUAACACUUUUGGAAAUUGCCUGGACAUUUCAGGAGCUUCAAUGAGCUGAAACUUCUUUUUGUUUACCUGUAAAAAGGUGUAUCUAGUUUGAAAGGAAACUCUCUUUUAAAAAAUCAUAGAAUAUGCAAAAAGAAGGAGGAGCUGGCAAAAAUAAACCGUCCUGUGGGACCGAAACGGACGAGCGAUUGGGGGGCGGGGCUAGUCCUCUCCAAUCAGACGGACGGACAGACUGGCAGAUCUCUCUCUGAAGCUUCAUAUUUUCUAUUGAAACAAACAGCCUUGCUGUUUUAGAGUGAUAGUGAAAUGCCUCACCUUAAAAGGAAAUCUGUAGAUUAUUUUAAAAAAGAAAUCUAUUUUUAUAACAGAAAAGAGUUUGCUUGAGAAGUCAUACUUAUUUGCAUUUCAUCUACCACAGGAAGGGGAUUUGUGUAUAAGUGUUAUGCUGGUUUUGUACACUUGCAAUGUGGUUCCUGGUUUGUAAAGAGGUGGAGGUGGCUUUUGAGUCCCACAUGAAAAAAUAAUGUCCUCUACUGCUCUAGAUUCAAAAAGUAAAGCAUUUUCAAUGUUUUGGUUUGUAAAACAUAAUAUUAUUCCCAUCCUGAUAAUUACUUUGGGUCCUAUGGAUAGUUCAUGUUUAAGGAAAGAAAAGAAUACAUUUGUGUUUUGGAAGACUUUUUAAAUAUAUUUGAAGGUGUGAUUUUUGAGUAUGCAUAGCAAAUAGAUAUGUAUUCUAUAUAUAAUAUAGAUAUUUAUAUAAAUAUAUAAACACGAUUUUCACUUGGAAAGAAAUGUCUAUCUUUAUAGAAACACAAUCAUUAUCAGUUGCCCUUACUUUCUCACUGCACAUUAAAAACAUUGAUUUCCUUUUGGAUGUUUUUUUUUUGUGUCCAACUCUGACCAUUUCUUUGCAGAUAUUCUUAACAUCUGCGUCAUGUACUUACUCUCUAAAAAUCGACAAUAAUAGUCAGAUUAAUGGCAUAUUCAUCGCUCUUCGUUACUUAUUUUGUGACAGUCUGUAUUAAUCAAAUCAAGAGCCUCGUUUUUUAGUAUCUCUACGUGUUCCCUCUCAGUGUUUCCAAACUAAGCUGCUGUGAACAGAUAGUAGAUACUCAUUUGAUUUGUCUAAAUACUGCUGAAGCAUCAUAUUAGUAACAUCACUUACAGUUAGAAGCACCUCAGGAAGGGAUAUUUGAAUGUCUUUCAUUAACAGGAAGAAUGAUUACUGCAAGCUGACAAAUUAAUAGAUUACUGUUUUAAGGCAGACUACAAAUAUAAUUUCACUUCAAUUCCGAAACCCCAAACAUACCCCUACAGGGAGAUAGUCACAUGUGCUUUGCAAACAAUAACUACUGAGAUAUUUAGUUUAUAAAAAAAGAGGACAUAUUAUGCUAAUUUCCAGGUUGAUAUUUGGAUGUUGUGCCCUUACUGUGACAUGUUUGCAUGCAUUAAUGUUCAAAAAGCUUGUCUGA